GGUCAUACUGAACUGCGCUUGUAAACAAUUUUGCAUUAACAAAUUGGGUCUUAAUUAUAUCAGGGAAUCAAAAGUUAAGCCUUAAAAUAAAUUGGCCUUGUUUAAAUACACUUAGCAAUUGCCUCUGCGGAAGGCCGGCCAAAUAAUAGCAUUCUACAUACAAAGGAAGCACCAAUUUUCAAUGGAAUCCAUUUGCUCCUCCUUGGAAACUUUGUUUCCCUGUCGGGAGGCGGCUAUUGGCACCUUGGGCGAACUGAUAGGAGACUCCAGGGAGGCCUAUCCCGCGGCCAUUUACCUAUUCGGACACAGUGGAACCGGGAAAACUGCUCUGACCAGAGCUUUCCUUAGAGAAUGCGCGAAAAAGCAAAAGGUCCGGACCGCACAUUUGAAUGCCAUCGAGUGCUACACCACGAAGAUCAUGUUGGAGAUCCUGCUUGAUUCGCUGGCACCGGAGCAAGGCGAUUCCCUUAAGGCGGACAACAUGCUGGAUUUCGUGGAGCAACUGCGAGGCUGGCAUAGCGCUUCGUAUUCAAAGUCCUUUCUCAUCGCCGUGGAUAAUGCCGAACGCUUGCGAGACAUGGAUGCCAAUGUGCUGCCCGUUCUCCUCCAGCUGCAGCAGCUAACUAGCCUCAAUCUGUGCGUUAUCCUCCUCUCCCAACUUCCCUUCGAGAAGUUUUACAACAAGACCGGCCUGAGUGAGGUAAUCAGUUUGCAUUUGGCCCAGUACAACAAGGCGGAAACGCAGCGCAUUCUGGGAUCCGACUUCGCCCAGGUGCGCAGUCAGUUACUGAAUCAGUUUGGCCAAGAUAGCAAACGCCUGGAGAUUUGCAAGGAAGCCGUGACGGAGGAAUUCUACAACAACUACCUGAAUCUCUUUCUCAGCGUCUUUUACAAAGCCUGUCGCGAUGUUCCGGAGCUCCAGUUGACGGCCAGGAAGUGCCUAUCCAUUUACCUAGAACCCGUACUGGAUGGCUCUGUGGAGCCCACGGAUGUGUCUCGACUUUGGCGACAUAUAGCCGGCCCUCUGCGUUCCGCGCUUACUCAGAUUUAUAUGCGUAUAGAGAAGCCGCCGGAGGAGGCUGACGAUUUAGCCGCCAUUGAGGAUCAAAGCGUUCGCAAGCUGGCGCAGUCGCUGGAGCUUCCCUACUAUGCCAAAUACCUGCUGAUCGCGGCCUUUCUGGCCAGCCACAAUGCCGCCAAUCAGGACAAGCGGUUGUUCGUCAAGCAUCACGGCAAGCAGCGCAAGCGGAUGCAGACGGUCAACGCCAAAGCCAAUACCUCGGACAAAAUGUCCACCACGCUGGGACCUAAAUCCUUCAGCAUCGACCGAUUGCUGGCCAUUUUCUACGCCAUUCUCGAGGAGAAAGUCGGGCUGACCUGCAAUCUGCUCUCCCAGAUCUCAACGCUAGUGCACCUCAAGCUGCUCAGCUUCGUCUCCGGCGAACAGAAUAUCAUGGACGGCUCUGCUCGGCUGCAGUGCACCAUUGGGCUGGAGUUUGUCUUGCAGAUUGGUAAGGUGGUGGGCUUCAAUGUACGCCAGUAUCUCUGCGACUUUAUGUAGCUCGGUUGUUUUUAGUUUUUAAAUAUAUUUAAUAAAUAGUCCGGUACAUCGCUUAUGUGUAUGGUCUCCGCCAGUCUGGUGUCCCGGCUGCGCAACUGCA